AUACCUGGCGUUUCAAUGAAAGAGAAAUCUUCUUCUUCCUCAUAAUGCUCUUCUUUUACUGUAUUUCUACGAUAUAUUCUUCCAUUUAUAUUAAUAAGAGCUGGGCGUAAAACAUCCAUGACGGACAUUUCGGUUAGCAAGUGCUAAAGUUUUAUGCAAGCGGAUAACUAAAGAUUAUUUUUACGGCAGUGAACGCUGUGGUAUCAUUUCUAUUGCUUUACGACCAGGUUACGACAGUUAUGAGCAAUUUACGGACUUUCUUACUAGAUUUCUAACACAUCUGGAACGACGGUCAGCUGACAGUUGAGAUUCACAAUCUGUUCCAGCUACUGUGAACUUUACGCUAGUGCAUUUUCCCCCUUUCUGUUGUAAAGAACAGUUUUUCGUCGUAAACUAGUACCUUCAAACAAAACAUCUUGUGAGAGUUAUUUGGGAUUUAGACGCCCCUCGAAUACAUGGCUGCGUCCUCUUCAUCGUCUUCUGCGGGUGGUGUUAGCGGUAGCUCGGUCACUGGCUCUGGAUUCAGUGCAUCAGAGCUCAUCCCUCCGAGGAAAGUCUUAUACACAUAUCCCAAAGGUGCAGGAGAAAUGAUGGAAGAUGGCUCUGACAGAUUUUUAUGCGAGUCUGUAUUCAGCUACCAAGUUGCCUCUACUUUGAAACAAGUUAAACAUGACCAACAAGUGUCCAGAAUGGAGAAACUUGCAGGCUUGGUGGAGGAGCUGGAAGCUGACGAGUGGCGGUACAAACCAAUAGAGCAGCUACUUGGAUUCACGCCGUCUUAAGGAAAACGAGGCGAUUAAAUCAGCCAAAUAAAUUACAAUAAAGAUGUUUGAUAUUUCACUUUGUACGGGAUAUAUCCCUUGUUUGUGUUUUUCCCCUGUAAAACUUAAUAAAAGUUUCAUUAUAAUUUUUUUUUUUUUAACUUUUGCCAUUGUACAUUUUACAGCAGUUAAACCUAUGUGAAUCAAAAUUACAAUCUGUUAUUUCCUUCAUUGUUAAAAAUGAGUAAUAUGUUCGCCCAUAAAUUCUAUCAUAAAAUAUAAUUUACCAUUAUAGUUGCUAUACAAUUCACAUGUCAUGUUUUUCUCCCAAUCUCCAUUUUAGCAAAAAAAAAAAAAAAAAAGAGAACAUUUAAAUAAAGUUGGACCUUCCUGGCAAC